AUGACUCGAGCAUUCGGUUUCCUGGCGGUCGCCGGCCUGGUGGGCACCGCGGCUGCCGGUCUCUACCCUGGCCUGACUACCGCCAACCACAGCUGCUCUCUCGUUGAGCCUGUUCUGUCAUGCUCUUGUGGAGCAGUUCCUGACAAGGUCGACACCUGCUGCGUCGAGACCUACGGUGGCCUUGUUAUGGCCACUCAGUUCUGGAACACCUACACUGGCCUGGAGAGCGAGGGACAAAAGUUGCCUCAAGACUCGUGGGGCAUCCACGGCCUCUGGCCCGACUUUUGCAACGGCUCAUACACCCAGUACUGCGAUCUCAAGCGCCAAUACGACCCUCUUCCUUCGCCCAACACCACCAAUGGCAAGCCCGACGGUACUCCCGUCCCUGCUUACAACGGUACCUCCAUCGACAAGUUCAUCACUCCUUUCGAGAGAUUUGACCUUCUGGAGUACAUGAACAAGUUCUGGAUCGCUCUGGGAACCCCCAACUGGGUCCUCUGGGCCCACGAGUUCUCCAAGCACGCCACCUGCUUCAGCACCUUUGACGUCGAGUGCUAUGGCCCCAAGUACCAAGAACACGAGGAGCUCGUCGACUUCUUCGAGACCGUCGUCCACUACUACAAGGAGACUCCGACCUGGAAGUGGCUGGCUGAGAAGGACAUCAAGCCUUCCAACACCACCGCCUACUCGCUGUCCGACAUCCAGGCCGCCUUGACCGAGGGCCACGGCGCCAUCCCCUACCUCGGAUGCAGCGGUCCCCGCUACAACACCACCGAGGCAGGCAAGGGCUCCCUCGACAAUGGCUUCACCCAGCUUGGCGAGGCCUGGUAUUACUUCCACGUCUACGGCAGACCCCAGCGCGGCGAUGGAAUUCCUGUUGCCGCUGACAGCAACGGCGGAAGCGUUUCCAACUGCGCCAAGGCUGAGGGUGCAAUCUGGUACUAUGAGCGCUCCGAGGGAUCGGUGCAGUAA